AUGAUAAUAUUUGCACUUCUCCUCUACGGACUGAUUGUCCUCGUAUACUUCGCCUAUCACUUAACAAUGAUGCUCUUCAAGCCCCUGUACUUGCUUAUUCGAGGAAUGCACCUCAUCAUGACCUUCGCAAUUCGAUCACUAGGGUGCACCAUUAACAGUGCCCUUCCAAGACUUGGUCAAAAACCUAAGAUCACGGACCGUAUUUCCGCAGCGCUCGCAAUAGUAACUCUGCUCGGGACUAACAUUAGCUAUAUUUAUGCAUGCCAACACGUCAACAUCCUAGAAUAUCGUUCUACUAUCUGCACCUUCAACAAUGAAAGGGAAACAUGCUCUGUGACUCUUUCAGAGAUACUGAAAAUCAACACUCUAAAACAAGAAGCUUGUUUGCGCCUAACAAAGAACUCCACCUCAAUCGCUAAUAUCAAAAUAAAAUGGAAAGGAUUAUAUCUGCAUUGUGACCGCGAAACAUUGUACGCUACUCGCACGGUUCAGUUGAAGGUCCAUGAUAGCAAACGCUGCGCACACAUGGGGUCUUGCACAGGAGGCAAAUGUGCUCAAAUCAACAGCUCAAGCUUAAUUCCAGAGCUAGAACCAGCGAAUCAUUAUCCAGGAAGAACGGGCUGCUUUGAAUCUUGCGGUGGACCAGGGUGUGAUUGCUUUUAUCUCAGCUCCGGUUGCCUAUUCUACAGGAUUUACGCUGUACCACAACAUUCAAAAAUAUACGAAUUAUUUCGAUGCAUGCGAUGGACAGAAGAAAUCAAACUUGAGGUUACCGUCGAAAAUAUCAUCUCAAGCACCCGCAUACGAUAUGUCGUUCCCGCCUCUCCGAACUUGCCGGUAUAUACUCCACCUUUGCAUAUUACAAUGACUUCUGUUACGCUACCACCAACACCUUCACUGGCAACAAAGUUUAUUACAGAUGGUAUAGACACAGCUAUAUGGGACGACGACUCAGAACUUCCGCUUCACUGUCAAACCCGAUCAAAAGCCAGGAACCUCAAUUGUACUCUCCAGGAAAACUGUAAAUGCGCUCCAGCGGAAUCAACUGUCAACUGCGAAUGUGAAGAGACAGACAUUGACGAUAAGUUUCAUCAAAUCGAUAAGAAGUUGCCCGUGAAAACCGCAUCAUGGGAACUCAGACAGAAGAAAAAUUCAGUAUCCGCCAAAAUCUCUCAUAUGGUCACCGCCGAAUUCAUCAUCGAACUGAACAACACUUACGACAUGGCAGUACUGGAAGUUACAAAUCGAGAAUGUUUCGUAGAAAGUACCUCAACACUCGAAGGGUGUUACAACUGUCGUAAAGGAGCCGUAGCCAAAAUACAGUGCUAUUCAGAAAAGAAAACCCUUGGAGAG